AUGGAUCCUCUGGGUGCUCGCUCCCAGUUUGUCGACAUCCAGACUCUUCCCACUUGGCAGCAGCAGCUGGGCGACGAUGGCGAGGAAACGCCACAGGACCGGAGCGACAGUCUGCUCAGCCAGCAGGUUUUCCCUUCUCCCUUCCCCUUCAGACCAGACAUCAACCGCAAGAUCGUCCUCUUCACAGGGGACAUCGCCCUGCUGAACAGCACCGCCAUUGUGAACACGAGCAACGAGUCGCUAAACGACAAGAACCCCGUGUCGGACAGCAUCCACCAGCUCGCGGGGCCCGAGCUGCGAGACGAGCUGCUCAAACUCAAAGGCUGUCGAACAGGAGAGGCCAAGCUCACCAAAGGCUUUAACCUGGCAGCGAGGUUCAUCGUCCACACUGUGGGACCAAAGUACAAGAACAAGUACAGGACGGCGGCCGAGAGCUCGUUGUACAGCUGCUACAGGAACAUCAUGCAGCUGGCUGCAGAGCAGUCGAUGGCAUCUAUCGGCUUGUGUGUGGUGAGCACGGUGAAGAGAGGUUACCCGCUGGAGGAUGCUACACACAUCGCUUUUAGAACAGUUCGCAGGUUCCUGGAGAACCAUGGAAACAGCAUCGAGGCGGUGGUGUUUGCCGUGUCAGACACUGAGGAGCCGACGUAUAAGAAGUUACUGCCGCUGUACUACCCUCGCUCUGAGGAUGAGGAGAAGGCCUGUCUCCCUCUCAUCCCCGCCGACAUCGGCAACUCCGAGGGCGAACCCGUCGUCCCGGAGAGACAGAUCCGCAUUGCAGAGAAGCCCGGCAGCCUGGAAGACGACGCCGAGGAGGACAAUCUGGACGAGGAUCUGGGUCAGGUGGGGAAUCACGCUUUUGCUCGGAUGGAGGGCGACGUGGACAAACAACGGAAACUGAUCCUGCAGGGCCAGAUGUCAGACGCGGCCAUGCAGAAACAACACCAGAGGAAUUAUAACCGCUGGCUGUGCCAAGCGAGGGCCGAGGAUCUGUCGGACAUCGCCGCGCUGAAAGCCUUAUAUCAAACCGGUGCGGACAUGUGUGGCCGGACCGUGAUGGUCGUGGUCGGACGAAACAUCCCGGUGACUCUCAUUGACCUGGAAAAGGCUCUGCUGUACUUCAUCCACGUCAUGGACCACAUCACGGUGAAGGAGUACGUGAUGGUUUACUUCCACACGCUGACCGGCGAGCACAACCACCUGAACGCCGACUUCCUCAAAAACCUCUACGACAUCGUUGACGCCAAGUUUAAAAAGAAUCUGAAGGCCUUCUACUUUGUACAUCCAACAUUUCGAUCUAAGGUCUCGACAUGGUUCUUCACCACUUUCACUGUGUCGGGGAUGAAGGAGAAAGUCUGCUACCUGGACAACCUGCGGCAGCUCUUCACCUGCGUCAAACCCGAGCAGAUCGACAUUCCUCCCUUCGUCCUGGAGUACGACGCACGGGUGAACGGACCGUACCGCCCCGCCCACUCCUCCGGUCUGUGACGCCCACAUCAGGAGCGCCUCCGCCGGGACGAGGAGGCGGUGACGGCCUGUCAGACGGGAUGACAGGUUAGCGUUGUGUGGUCUGACCUCGUCACCUCCUCGUCGAGAACCCCGCGGCGAGGCGGAGGAAACGCGCUCUCCCUUUGUUUCGCUCUCGGCUGGAAAUAAAAAAAAAGGGAGAAAAUGAACAGUGGCAGCCCUCACUCAGCCAGCGACAUCUGGCCCGGUAAGCGGUCAUUCGCAUUCACCACAAGACUAUUUGUGGACCUGGUUUGGGUUUCUGGAUUAUGCCUUACACUAAGAGUUCCCAUUCAGCAGUUUCCUCAAACAUCCCUAAAUAUGAAGUGUCAUGUCGAGCCUGACAUUUGCUCAGACUGUACGACCGUAUCCGAUGUCCUCGACCUUAACCGUCCUCCUGCAUCAUCGGGCUUCUGUCAAAGCCCGGACACUGGAGGAGGAAUCUGCCUGGAUUCACACGUGAUCUCGCUCGCUCUCUCUCUUUCACUCUCUCACUCUGCGAACCUUUUAAUCGCGUCACUCUGGACGAUUUAAUGUCUGACGCUGAGAUUUUUUGGGGUACGACUUUCUUGACACACGGGACGUUUUCUCCUCUCUGUUCCCUGUAGCUUUACUUUCAUCCCAAUCUUUAUUUUAUUUUAUCCAUUUUUCAACUUAGUUUGACAUUUAGGUAAAUACAUACUCAUUAGGAAGCUAAAAUCACUUUAGUCUUUUGUUAUUUUACAGGGUUCCCACAGGUCCUUGAAGUCCUUGAAAGUGUGAAUUUGAAAAUCGACGAGUCAUUGAAAGCGCUUGAAAAUAGUUUGAUAUUUAGGUAAAUGUGCCCUGCGUUACGUUAAGUCGUAAUUACUAGCUUACUGACGUGAGAUUCCGUGCAGAACAAUGAGCGUGUAAAGUCAAAACAAGAGAGCAAAUGACGACGUGAUGCCUGGGAAAUGAAAAUUCCAAAGCUCUCGUGUUGGAUUUGAGGGGAAUUGGUCCUGGAAAGUCCUUGGAAAGUCCUUGGAAAGUACUCAAAUUUGAAGUGUGGGAACCCUGAUUUUAAUGAAGACUAAAAGAAGACACCACAGCAAACUAGAGUUUGAAAAAAGUUCUUUAUUAUUAAAUCAACAAGUAUUAUUUUGUUCAUCUGAUACCUGAGAACAAAUGUUUUAUUUGCCAAAAAAAAAGCUAAUUCGGCUGCAACAACUAAUCAAUUCGGCAACUAUUUUGGUAAUUCAUUCAUUUGAUGAAUUGUUUUUCUUUUUUGUUUCUUUCUUUGCUCCAUAUAACAAAGAAAGCAUGACAUUACUUAAUAAUAAUGGUUUGUGGAUGAAAAAAGACAUUUAAUAACAUAAUUUCAAGCUUUUGGAACCAUCAAUCAACAUUUUCUGUCAUUUUAUGGACCAAACAACUGAUUAACUCGAGAGUUAGUUGCGGCUCUAGAAAAAACCUUCAAAAUUUAAAUCCACACACUUACAUACCUUCUGAUUUAAGCUUUGAAGUCAAAGUAAAGAAACCUUGGUGUACAGCCGACCAUUUUCCUAAAAUGUGUUGCUCUUUCUGUUUUACGAACACAUUUCAGACUCCGCUUUAGCUUCAAUUCUCGGUUAAAAAAGUGUCCUUGUCUCAAGAAAUGCUCUCACUCACCGUUUACCCUCAUCACUUUGUUUUAAAGGUACACACAAUUCAAAUCAAAACAAAGAACACUUUUUUAAAAUCCAGUCACGCUCUUGUUUUGAAGGGACACAGGUUUGUUUGUUUUUGUUUUAAUUUAAUUGCACAGUUUGCUCUGCUUUUCUUGUUGUUUCCACUAUCCACUAGUUGUCGUUGUUAUUAGAUGUAAUUAGGAUUUUUUCGACACUGUUCACUUUAGUUUAUCGGAGCAUGAUCUGAUGCGGCAGUUCCUGUUUCCUCUUUGAGCCCCAGAGCCAAGGGUUGAACCUGCACGUCUGCGGUGAUUCCACACGUCCCUGAGACCUAGAUCAAGACCUUGUAUAUCUUAAUUUAUUUUAAUUGUCAGGAACACCUUUUUUCUUUUUUGGCAAAGCCCUUAAUGACAGAGAUUAACCGGAUUAAUAAAUCAAACCCUGCAUCAUCACAAAGGUCAUGUGAAAACACCACACAGCUCAUUUAAUCGUGGUCAAUAAUAAAAUAAGAAGUAGGAGACGUAUUUUUCUAUCAUUGAAAUGAGGCAAAAUAAAAAGGUUUCAGUUCCACAAAAUCCCCGUCUCACUUUUUACAAAACACUCAUAAAUAUAUGUAUAUAUAUAUAUAAAUAUAAACAAUCACUGAUGAGCCAAAUUUUAACUUUCUUCAAAGUAAAUGACUUUUUUUUUCUUUUUUUUUACUAAUUUGUUGUGAUGAAUGCUAAUGAUUUACAGGAAGUGACAUCAUCGAUGUCAGGUGUGUUUUCU